AUGUUUCACUGGCAUAGACGGCGUAGAGGCCCUUCAGCAGCAGCAGCAGCAACAGCAGCAGCAGCAGCAGCAGGAGCUGGUGCUGCAGCGGAGGAAGCAAAUACGGGAAAGACAGCAGCAGCAGCAGCAACAGCAGCAACAGCAGCAGCAGCAGCAGCAGCAGAAGGGCCGUGGGAGGGGGCCCCCUACCGUGUUGGUGUUGGGCGUGAGUUGAGUCAUGAGGAAAUGUUUCAUUGGCAUAGACGACGUAGAGGCCCUUCAGCAGCAGCAGCAGCAGCAGCAGCAGCAGGAGCUGGUGCUGGUGCUGCAGCAGAGGAAGCAAACGCGGGAAAGGCAGCAGCAGCAGCAACAGCAGCAACAGCAGCAGCAGCAGCAGCAGCAGCAGCAGAAGCAGAAGGGCCGUGGCUGCCGCCUCGUUUGAUCCGGUGCCGAGACACCGCAGGUUUGCUGCUGCAGCAGCAGCAGCUGCAGCAGCAAGGCUGGGACAUCAGCAGCAGCAGGGCGCAGCAGGAGCUGCAUGCAGCAGCAGCAGACAGCAGCAGGGGGGCCCUCUGGGGCCCCUUCAUACCCGCCCCCCACCUACACUGGGAGACAGCAGCAGGGGGGCCCUCUGGGGCCCCUUCAUACCCGCCCCCCACCUACACUGGGCACCCACCACCAGCAGCAGCAGCAGCAGCAGCAGCAGCAGCAGCAGCAGCAGCAGCAGCAGCAGCAGCAGAAGCAACUUUAUCUCUUAUCUGCUGCCGCUGA